AACUGUCCGGCUCAGAGUCGCAGGGCAAAGGCAGCCUGUCUGAGGAUGAACUCAUCAGUGCCAUCAAGGAAGCAAAAAGCUUUUCCUUCGAGACCCCAGAGGUGCAGCGGUCACCCGCCCUUUCUGCUGAGAAGAGAGAGCAGGGAGCCAAACCCGGGCGCCCUGCUGGCUCCUCACUCCUGGAUAAUGAAGCCAGCAGUGCUGAGUCAGGAGACUCGGAGAUCGAGCUGGUCUCAGAGGACCCCCUGGCUGCCGAGGAGGUGCUCCACUCCAACUACAUGACCUUCAGCCACAUUGGAGGGCCCCCUCCAUCACCUGCCUCCCCCUCCAUCCAGUACAGCAUCCUGCGGGAGGAGCGGGAGGCUGAGCUCGACAGUGAGCUCAUCAUCGAGUCCUGCGAUGCCUCGUCAGCCUCAGAAGAGAGCCCAAAGAGGGAGCAGGACUCCCCUCUGAUGAAGCCCAUGGUCAUGGACAUUAUCAAGGAAGAGAACGGCUCGCGCACUGACGCUUCAGACUACGAAGCAAGUAAAACGACAGAGAGCAGGAUGAACAGAGAAAACCUGGCAGAGUCUGCGUCCUACCUGAAAUGCUCCUUCGAUGCACCGAAAGUAGGUGCUGAGCCCCCGACCUCUGCCGUCAGCACCGAGGAGCUGAAGGAAAGAAUAAUCCUGAAGAAACCCAUCGAAGAAACUGUUCUUAACCAAAGCAAAGUGUCUUCCAAGGACUCUGGCAAAAGAAGUCCCUUGGCUUCACCCCUACUGCCGUUUGUAAAUAAGCAGAAAG